CAAACAUAGUUCUCAAUAACGGGAAAUAUGUAAAAGCUAUAAAACUCGGCCUUGAUCCCUUGAUCGCAUGGCUGCUGGAUCGGGAGCAGGUUCUGCCAAGGCCUCGAUCAAUAAUCAAUCGAUCCUCUCCUGACGUCAUGUUUCCUUCGAACUCGGCCUCGGGGUCGCACGGUUCCGAGGAUCAGGAAAUGGGCGUGAGAUCUAGGAGGAGAAGCUCCCCUCCUAGAUCCUAGGGGAGCUUCUCGGUACGAGUUCGAUGACGGGGAGGGCGAGAAUCUGGUCGAUGGUUCUUACCAGCUCGUGGAACUGGACGGACAGGAAAUUCUGGCCGAGCACACUCACUUCUGCGAGUUGUGCGGGAAGGGAUUCAAGAGAGACGCGAACCUGAGGAUGCACAUGAGGAGCCACGGAGACGAGUACAAAACUCCCGAGGCUCUGGCCAGGCCCCAGAAGCCCAUAGACGAGCAGACUCCGGAAAUCCCCAAGAGGUUCUCGAGUCCGCACGUCGGCUGCAAGCGCAACGUGAGAUUCUGCGUGAGAUUAAGAUCUAGAAGGUAGCAAGUCGGCUUCACAAUAUAUAGUGAAGCCGAUUUCUGUUUCUUCUGGAGGGAAGAUAAUGGAGGUCUCUCCAUUAUAGUCCCUUCAGAAGUGUUUCUUCCACUCAUCCAGUCUGAACCCAUGAUCUGCAAGACCGGCAGUUCGCGCCUGCCACAUUAUGCGCCAUGUAACACCUGCCACCGAGGUUAUCAAAUGUCUUCUCUAUUAAAUUCAAUAUCGAGCUAAAUUUUUUUGUAUACAUUGAAUACUGGUCCUGUAUAUUGU